AUGGCAAGACAAGGCCAAGUAAAGAUCGUACACGUUCUACGAAAUCCAAAGGAUACGUUCUCUUCUCUGUUUGAAUUUUGGAAUAAUGCCAAAGGAUCGGUAUAUCAAGGGGAUUUCAGUGGAUUUUUGGAUUUCUGCUUAUCGGAUGAGUAUGCCAUAUUUGGAGGAAAUUGGUUUUCGUACGUGAAGGAUUGGGAAAAUGCCAAACUCACUAAUAAGAACCUUAACAUUCUAUCUCUGAAGUAUGAAGAUGUUCAGCAGAAUCUAUAUGGAACCAUCGUCAGCCUAGUAGAGUUCCUCCACCUUGAUCGACCAGAAUUCUUUUUGCGUGAUGUGGAAAGAAAGGUUCAGUUUGAAAAUAUGAAAAAGGAACACGAGACAAAAGCAGGAGAAACAAAGUUCUGGAAAGAUAACAAAAGAAAUGGAAGAUUAUCUAUAUACAGAAAGGGAUUUGUAGGUGACUGGAAGAACUACUUCACAGUUGGACAAAACGAACGGUUUGACAGUUUGUAUGACAGAGAGAUAAAAGAGUACAAUAUCGAUCUCCAAUUCUCCUAUGAAUGA